GUCCGUCAUAAAUGUUUGUCAUCGAAGUUUAUACAAAAGACUAACUGUAAACAUUCAACAAUAAAUACGUUGAAUCAGCAGGUUGGCCUAACAUCUUCAUAAAGUGGGAUCAAGAGCAAUUUUCGAAAAUUUGUUCUGUUCACGCCCUUCUGCUGUACGAAACUGAGACCACAGAGUAAGGAGAUGAGAUCACCAGAAAGUCGGCUAGCAAGGAGACGAAAUAGAUCACGUCGUAGUCCACGUCGACGUAAAGUUUCAAACCAUCAUGGCAGUAAGCGCACUCGCAGGUACAGCUCAAGUUGCAGCAGCAGUAGUAUUGACGUCAGCGAGAAUAUCUCAAAGCGUAAUAGCCAGCAUCAUCAGCUAGGUAGCUCUAGUAGUGAAGGUGAGCUCAUGAAGCAGCGUUCACGCAAUCAUGAGAGUAACCAAGCUUCGUCUACGAGUAUGCUCACAAGUUUUCUUGAUAUGAUGAAGGGUAUCAAGGGUAGAGACGUUAAGUCUCCUCCUCUUAAUAAUGUUAUACCAGAGUUUGAUCCAUUAUGUAAAGAACAAGCUAUUGAUGCAUGGUUGCAUAAGGUUAAGGAAUGUGCUCAGAUAUAUGACUGGGGUGACCGACAGACGAUUAUGCUCUUCCUAAGUUGUGUCGUGUUGCCAAGUCUUGGUAUCGGGGUCAACCUACUUUGCUUCUUGGCUGGUUUAAAUGGAAGGUUAAGCUUCAAGAAUCAUUUCCCAUUAGGGACAACUAUACUGAUUUGUUAACUGAUGCUCAAUAAAAGAGUUCACUUUGGAGAAUUAUCAGGGCUAUACUAUUAUUCAAAGAUAAAUCUACUAAAUCAUGGAAUUAGU